AUGAACGGCCUCCAUGACGAACCCCGGAGACCCAAGCGGCGCCCUGAGCGGUCCGCGCCGGAGGCGAAGGUGGCGGAGCCUCCGGCACGCCGGGCCAAGCGCGCCGAGGGCCACCUUCCUCUCCGCAAGCGCGAGUCUCCGAGGUUUGCGCAACCAGCCGACUCGGAGGUUGCGGUCGCGUCGCCUCUUCCUCCUCCCCCAGCACGCGGCGCCGAGACCCCGGCUCCUCCGCCCAAGCGUCGAGCUGCGCCACCAUCUUCGCCCCAUCGGGAUUCGGAGGAUGUGAAGGCCAUGGCUCCUCCGCCCAAGCCCGAGUACUCCGUCCCCCCUAAUUGGCAUCGCACCGCGUACAGACUCCGCAACCGCGUCGUCCGGGAUACCAGCAACCGCAAGCCCGCCCCCAGUCGCUACGACAACGGGAUAGAAAUUAAACAUGAUCCAACAUGGCAGACUCCGGCGUGUGCACGUGUGGCUUUGGAACACUACAACAACAUGAAUCAGGAGGAUGAGCAUGAGAUGGUUAAAGCAGUGAGCAGUCAUGUCUUUGUUUUCAAUGGUAUCUGGUUCCAUGCGAAUUUCCUUGCUAAGCGAAAAGGAGCCACCAACUGUGUUGAUCUCGUCCCCAAGUACUUCUUUGCUGAAUCGGAAAUCGUCGGGACGAGGAAACUAUCUUGUGUUUCAUGUGUUAAGCUUGACCCAGAUGAUCCCAAAAACAUUGGUGGUUGUAGCCUGUGCUCUGAGCAUAUCCUGCAUCCUGCUGGGGGUGGAUACCACGGUGCCCAAGCUCAAUCUGUUCGACAUGCUCCUGGUGGCCUACAGAUUUCAUUCAAGUUCUGAAUGUUGGAAGUGUGGUAGAAUAGUCCAUCGCUAUGCUAAUAUAAUGUUGCCGGAAAAAGAAGGAAAUCGUGUUUAUGAGAGUCAAACCUGUUCCAGUAGAAUCAUGCAUCAUUUUGGUUGUAAUGAAGGUUAAAACUCCGCUUUGAUGUACGAGUACUCCGAUGAUUAAUCUGUUUCAUGUAGCAAGGGGGCGCUUGUUAUAUUUUGCUGUGAAGCAAGAUAUUUGAGACUGGAAUAUAUUUGUGAGACCGAAAAA